CGUCACGGUCACGCUGGUCACACUGAUUCGAGUGAUUCGCGAAUAAAUUUUUUUCUUUCAAUUUUAAUUCUGUGUUAAUUACUGGAAUUGCAAAAAACCCAUUAAAUAAACAGACAGCCAGUGAAAAGCGUGCGAUGAGCGAGACCAUUAACACCGCGGCGCAGUUUCCGUCCUUCGAGAAGCCGACCGUGCAGUUCAACGAGCGAGGCUGGGGACCAUGCGAGCUGCCGGACACGUUUAAGGAUGUACCAUACCAGCCGUUCAGCAAGAACGAUCGCCUGGGCAAGAUCUGCGACUGGACGAGCACCUCGAACAACGACAAGAAGUACCAGAACAAGUACGCCUCGAGCUUCGGCACUGGCAACCAGUACUCGUACUACCAUGAGGAGGACGAGACCACGUUCCACCUGGUCGACACGGCUCGCGUGCAGAAGCCGCCUCACCAGCGCGGCCGUUUCCGCAACAUGCGCGGACGCGGUGGUCGCGGACGCAAUCCCCGCGGCGGCCUGAACAACCACCACCACCACGGCAUGACAACGCUCAAUGGCAAGAAUGUGAAGGCUCGCGAUACUCGUCGCGGCAUGGGCAAGAAGUUCGGUCAUCGCGGUCCGCCACCAAAGAUGCGCGAAUCCUCGGUGGCCGUGCGCGCCGACUGGGCUUCCAUUGAGGAGAUGGACUUCCCUCGUCUCAUCAAGCUGUCGCUGCCGAACAUCAAGGAUGGUGUCGAUAUCGCCACCUGCGGCACCCUGGAGUACUACGACAAGACCUAUGACCGCAUCAACGUGAAGAACGAGAAGCCGCUGCAGAAGAUCGAUCGCAUUGUGCACACGGUGACCACCACCGACGAUCCGGUUAUUCGUCGUCUGUCCAAGACCGUGGGCAAUGUCUUUGCCACAGACGCUAUUCUGGCCACCAUUAUGUGCUCGACGCGCUCCAACUACUCCUGGGACAUUGUAAUCGAGAAGGUUGGCGACAAGAUCUUCAUGGACAAGCGUGACCACACGGAAUUCGAUUUGCUGACUGUGAACGAGAGCAGCGUAGAGCCCCCAACUGACGACGACAGCUCUUGCAACUCUCCCCGCAAUCUGGCCAUCGAGGCCACCUUCAUCAACCACAACUUCAGCCAGCAGGUGCUCAAGACUGGCGACCAGGAGGCCAAGUUCAAGUUUGAGGAGGGCAAUCCCUUCAUUAGCGAAGACGAGGACAUCCAGGUGGCCAGCGUGGGCUAUCGCUACAAGAAGUGGGAGCUCGGCAGCGAUAUUGUUCUGGUGGCGCGUUGCGAACACGACGGCGUGCUGCAGACGCCCAGCGGCGAGCCACAGUUCAUGUCGAUCAAGGCCCUCAACGAGUGGGACUCCAAGCUGGCCAAUGGCGUUGAGUGGCGCCAGAAGUUGGACACACAGCGCGGCGCUGUGCUGGCCAAUGAGUUGCGCAACAACGCCUGCAAGCUGGCCAAGUGGACCGUCCAGGCCGUGCUCGCGGGCUCCGAUCAGCUGAAGCUGGGCUAUGUGUCGCGUAUCAACCCGAGGGAUCAUUCGAGGCAUGUUAUCCUGGGAACGCAGCAGUUCAAGCCGCACGAGUUCGCCACCCAGAUCAAUUUGAGCAUGGACAAUGCCUGGGGCGUGCUCCGUUGCAUCAUUGAUUUGGUGAUGAAGCAGAAGGACGGCAAAUAUCUGAUCAUGAAGGAUCCCAACAAGCCGAUCAUUCGUCUCUACGAUAUCCCCGACAACACAUUCGAUUCCGAUGACUCGGACGACGGCGAGGGCGAUGAUGGUGAGGGUUUCCAGCAGGUCUACAACUAUGCGAACAACAGCAACAAGAUUUAGACGACACACGCAUUCAGCAGCCACUUGCAGCCACAUCGGGGCUGUAUCUGCGUCAUAGCCCUUUUAUUAACCAUAAUAUUAUCGAUCGACAACAGAUGUCCUUUCGCAGAAGUAGACGCGUUCUAGGCGCUAGUUGUAAGAAUUUAUAUCUGAGUUGUAUCUGCAGCAUAUUCCUAGUAAAACACAGAAGGCGAAACGAA